UGUGGUGGCAGGACUGAGUCCAACAGACCCAGACCGAGACCCAGACCAGCUGGCAGUAUGAUGGGCCGUGUGUUAAUGAUAUUUCUUUCCCUGUGUGUGCUGAGCGUGGUGGAGGGACUGUACUUCCACAUUGGAGAGACGGAGAGAAAAUGUUUCAUCGAGGAGAUACCCGACGAGACAAUGGUGACAGCGAACUACAAGCUCCAGCUGUACGACCCUAGGACAGGCGGAUAUAUGCCCUCCAAUGCAGGGUUAGGUAUGCAUGUGGAGGUGAAGGACCCAGAGGAUAACAUGCUGCUGUCCAGGGUGUACAGCAGUGAGGGCCGUUUCACCUUCACCUCCCACACGCCUGGAGAACAUGUUAUUUGUCUGUUCUCCAACUCAACAAAGUGGUUCUCAGGAUCAAUGCUGCGGGUCCAUUUUGACAUUCAAGUCGGGGAGCAUGCAAUAGACUAUGCGUCGAUGGCACAGAAGGAGAAGCUAACAGAGCUGCAGCUGAGGGUGAGACAGCUGCUUGACCAGGUGGACCAGAUCACCAAGGAGCAAAACUACCAGAGGUACCGAGAGGAGCGGUUCCGGCAGACAUCAGAGAGCACCAGCCGGCAAGUAUUGUGGUGGGCAGUGGGGCAGGUGGUGGUGCUGCUGGCCAUGGGCUGGUGGCAAAUGAGGCACCUCAGAAAAUUCUUUGAGGCUAAGAAGCUGGUAUGAGGGGGUGAGAGAGAGGGUGUGUGUGUGUGUGUGUGUGUGAGAGAGAGAGAGAGAGAGAGAGAGAGAGAGAGAGAGAGAAUAUAUUUGUGAGUGUCUGAGUGAGUGAGCAAUGGAGAAAGAGAGAGGUUGUUAUACUGUAGAAGAUCAAGAAAUGAGGAAGUAGAAGGAAACAAGGAAAAGGAAUAUUUGUCAGUGUGUUUGUGAGUGUGGGUGUGUGUGUGUGUGUGUGUGUGUCUGAGAGAGAGAGAGAGAGAGAGAGAGGAUGUUGUCCUGAAGAAGGACAAGGAGAAAAUGAGAACAUGUUUGUGUGUUUGUUCUAAAUAACUAUUUUUGCACUUGUUUUUUGGGGACCAGUACUGUAGCACGAGUGCUAUUAAAGUGUUAUUUAUCUA